AUGGAGGACCCGUCAUUAUUCAGCGGAGUGAAGGCCAAUAUCGUUGCAGGAAAUGUGCCUUUGUCUUCCAAAGUCUGGAGAUCAGUCAACGAGGCUCUUAUUGAAGCAUCACCUAUUUCAUCACCAUCAUGGCAAAAGGCGCUCUAUUUUGCAGACAAAGUUGGUGAAUAUCCCAUCGGAAUUGCUCUGGAAGGGAAAGAGUACAAUGUAAUGGUCAAGAAGGAGAUCUUCAACAAACUACCAAGCCAGCCAACUUUCAUUCCCAUCAUUCGACCAAUUCAAGGUUCUGAAAGUCCAGCAGCAUGGGACAUCCAACAAUGCGUGAAGUGUUCUUCCCCAUUGCAACCACCAAUAAAAAACAUCCUUGAAAAGUCACCUUUCAUUGGCUCUUUAUCAACACGCCAUUACAUCGAGCUGUUAAAGAUGACAGCCAAAUUGCUGAACCUGAAUUGGACAACCUAUCCGCAGGCACGGCAGAUCUCGAGCCACAUCCUCUCUGGCGUGAUCAUGUUUUACACUGAACAAAGUGACCAAAGCUGCAUCUUAAUCAACGAAGUUGAAUCCUAUGGCCGGACUAGAAUGAUUGAUUGCCAUUCCGAACAAAGAACAGCAGUGAAGGGUGUGCCAAAGGACACAUCGCUUCCAGAAACAGUCCGGAAAGACAGGUACAAAGGCGUCCAUCCAGUCACCCUGCAUAAGAAAGAUGGCAAGCGGCUCGUCAUCGGCACUUUCACAUGCAACAUCCUGGUCACAAGUUGUGUUCGCCUUGAUCCUGAGGGCAAAUCAGCUGUUUCGGUGGGAGGUGAUACCCAAAUCUUCGUCAUCUCUGAAAGAGAUACUUCAAAGAUCCGUAUUUUCCUUAACUCUGAGCGAAUCAAGCUCUGCAAGGAAAUGAAGAAGAAAUCACUUUCCAGGGUGACAAGAAAUAUGGGGAUGGAGUGUCUACGGCAGAUUAGAACAAAGUUCGAUCAGUUUGGCGCAUACGACCUCUCUCGGUGCUCGGGACCGAUGACAAACUCAAUUCCUUUUCAGCCAUACACGAUCUUCACCAUUGCCAAUUCCGGAGGUGGCCGAGGGAGGGCAUUUGGUGCUGGAUUUCUUUUCAAUAAACUUGGACAAGCAGUGAUUAUUGAUGAGGAAAGAGCAAAGCUCGCAAGAAGUGUCAUUAAGGUCAGUCUCGAUCACUGA